AAUAUUACCUAUUCUUUUUAGCCAUUUAUUAUGAAUAUCCGAACCUUAUAUUUAACUGCGCAAUUGUUUUGUUUUUGUGAUAUACUACAUUUCCCGACAGACAUUGCGCUAUUAAGCUGUAUAUUCUAAUGGCAUAGCAUCCGCGAAACACUAGAUGGAGAAAUAACACAGGUGUAAACUGAAGUUAAAGAAAUUUGCGACGAUGCGUAUAUAAGGUACGAAAGAUAGUAAAUACAUUUAGCGCUGAAAUAAAAAUUGGUAUAUUAAACAUAGAUAAUAUGUGAUUCAGGUCAAGCAUUAUGCCUUGUAGUAAGCCAAUAGAAUACGUCUAGCCCGAUGUCGUUAUUAUUGAUUGGGCAAAAUAAAAUUUGAAAGGGGUUUAUGUGGAACGGAAAUGCAGAGUAAACUGGCAAAGUCUGCGUUAAUCAGUCGUAUAACGUAAGGCACUAGGUAAUGCUUUCCCUCCAAAUGAUAUCUGUCUAGAUAAAUAGCUAUAUUACGCCAAAUUGUUCGCAUAAACGAAACAUUAAUCGUUAGUUGGUUUGGCGUAAAAUGUAAUUCGUGAAGGCGGUGGAGACAUGUAUCAUCAGCGACCGUAACCACCAGGUUUACCUUGGUAACGGAAUACCGAAAUAACACGGAGCGCAAUGGGACCCAUCCUGCAGGAGCGAGCAGCGACCAUUUCCAACAAGGUGUCGUCCAAAGACAGAGCAUGGACCAAAGUCACAGGAAAUAACGGGUCAGCCACCAGUAACAAAAAAGGGAAAGUGAAUCAAAAUUACAGGCUCCGAAAAGCGUUAGGUGCGCAGAAUGUAUCCGCACCACCAGUCCAUCAUUCCACUCCGGCAACCGGAAAAAGCAAAGGAACCAGAAUCAAGGCAGAGAAACCCAGGGUGUCGGAUGCAAGGAAUAAUCAGCAUGGGACUCCCUGGGGUCAGAAGGCGUCUCAGGUUGAGGGAGCGGGAGAACGAGAGGAACUGCCAGUGCCGCACACAGGCAGUAUGAGCCAGACAGGCCCGAGCAGGAAGGGCCUGUCGCUCCCUCUGCCCCCUCGUUCUGACAUGCACCAGGCACUGCUGGCCCUGGAACCUCUGCGUUUGCGGGAGCAGGAGGAGACGGACGCAGACAGUGCCAGUGACCUGUCUGACUCCGAGAGGCUCCCCGUGCCCCCCUCACCCUGCACGCCCCCGCAGCUUAACCUCAGGGCCGAGGUGAUCAGCCCCAGCGACCUCCAGCCACAUUUCCCGGGGCCUCGUGGCCUGAGCUAUGGCAGCCACAGCUAUCCUGAUUUUCUGCCCCCCCCUUUCAACACCUGGAGCCUUCAGCAACUGGCUGUCUUUCUUAACACCGAGGGGAGGAACGCUCCUCGUCCCCGGCCAGUUGGUCACUUGGAGAAGUACUUGGAGCGUCUCUUGCAACUGGAAUGGCUCCAGAUCCAGACGAUCCAGGAAGAGAACGGCAAGCCUCCCGCUCCCGUGUCUGUUAGCCGCCCCCUCCCCCGUCCCCAUACCGCCCCGCCCACCAGCCUUAGCUCCCCCAAGUCUCUCCGUCAGUGCCAGCGUGCCUUCCCUCUCGCCUUCCUGUCAUCGCUAGCUGAGCCCUCCUCCGGGUUACUCUCGGGUCGUGUCUGCCCCCACUGCCGCAUCCGCUACCCCUUCUGCAACGGGACGUGCCUCCUUUAUACGUAUCAGCAUUACUCCCGGCUGAGUCCCCUUCUGGAGCGGCGAGCGUGGGCUGGCGCCCCCCCACGAAGGAGUAGCAGUGAGAGCAGAGCGUGUGCCGGCGACCGCAUCCGCAAUCCGGGCAGCCCGGUGAUGGGCAGCAGCCAUCUGAGGCGCAUGCAGGCUGCGGGGAACAUCCGGAAACCCUCAGCAGGGCAGGGGCUCACAUGCAACGCUCCCAUCGGUCCGUCGUAUGCUGGGACCAAUGGACCGAGAGGCCUUACUAAGGGGGCUGGUGCUUCCUAUGUGAAUGUGAAAGGAGGGAGCCCACGAGUUGGGAAAGAGAGAGGAGAAACCGUGUCUGUGGGAAAGGUUUUGAAGAAAGACCCCAUCCAUACAACUGAUGACCACACUAUGUCCAAAGGGCUUACUGGUGCAAAAAUUAAUGAAAAGCAGAAACGAGUUAAAUUUGUUACAAACUGUAAAUAACAGUUGUCAUCUAUCCAUCCAUCCAUCCAUCCAUCCAACUACAUAUCCUGGUGAGUGCUGUGGGGGGAGGGGGAGGUGGCCUCUGGCUGGCCUCUAUCCUGUCCCUCACACCUUCAGGCCCUCUUUGGUUCAUGACAUGGCAUAAAACUUAUUCCUGUGUAUUUUAUGAAGGCUGUAGAAGUAUAUAUUCUGGGUAUGUCAUGCUUUCGAGCCUGUUUACAAAAACCCCUAAAAGAUUUAAUGAAAAUACAGCCUUUCGUUAAAUUAGAAGAUAAUGUUACUUCCUAAGCUAAACAGCUUCUAGAUUUUAUAGGUAUCUCCAGUUGCUUUAAUUGCAGAUUGACUUUUCUGCUGGCAUUGCUAAGUUAAGAAAAAGACCACAUCCGCACAUCUGGAGUGUGUGUGUGUGUGCGCGUGUGUGUGUGUGUGUGUCUGAGAGAGAGACAGAGACAGCCUCAUACCUCCUGGGGUGUUCUGCCCUAACUGAUCGAUGGAUGCGUGGGUGGCUUUGAACACCCUUAGCUCAUUCAUUACAGAAGGUUGCUGAACAUAAAUGCAAUAUUUUAGAAAAGUUAUGUAUCUUCACAUGCUGAAAUUUCUACAGAUACUUUAAGGUGAGCUUUAUACAUUUGUACUGUUUACAUGUGUUUUUCUUAGACGAUGAAUGUGCACAGCAGUGUGUUUGAGAUGCAUUGUAGUUAUAUUUACUUCGGUAAGUUGUGUAUAAUUUAAAAAUUGUUCUAGCAUGCAAUACACAUUAAAAGGUGCAAAAUGUA